AUGGAGGGCGAUGGCUUCAACACAGCGUCCCCUGGGGAGCUGCUGAGCCCGUGUCGCUGCAGUGGGUCGGUCCGCUGUACCCAUGAGCCCUGCCUCAUCAAGUGGAUCAGUGAAAGGGGCUCCUGGAGCUGUGAGCUCUGCUACUACAAGUACCACGUGGUAGCCAUCAGCACCAACAACCCGCUCCAGUGGCAGGCCAUCUCUCUGACAGUGAUAGAGAAGGUCCAGAUCGCUGCGGCCGUGCUGGGCAGCCUGUUCCUCAUGUCCUCUAUCUCCUGGCUGGUGUGGUCCUCCCUCAGCCCCUCGGCCAAGUGGCAGCGCCAGGACCUGCUCUUCCAGAUCUGCUAUGCCAUGUACGGAUUCAUGGACCUCGUCUGCAUCGCGCUGAUCGUCCAUGAAGGCCCCUCAGUGUUCAGGAUCUUUAACCGCUGGCAGGCAGUGAACCAGCAGUGGAAGGUGCUCAACUACGACAAGAUCAAAGACACUGAGGACCACCAGAAAUCCAGGCUCACGCCCAGGCACCUGGCCCUGCCCAACCCCAGGACGCGUGCUCCUCCCGGGGCAGAGCCGGGGGAUGACAUGGUCUCCCCCUCCACCUCCUCCCUCAUGGCCGCGGUGGCCGCCUCCGCGCCUGGCUACACCGUGGCAACGGCCGCAACCGCCAGCCUGACGACGGUGACGACGCAGGACUCAAUGUCGGAGCAGAGCAACGGGGGGCCACCAUCCCUGCCGGACCACCACUGUGCGUACAACAUCCUCCACCUGCUCACCCAGCACCUCUGGACAACGCAGCAAGAGCCCCGCCCCACUCAAGUCCAACCCCAGCCUCCGCAGCCCAGCAACAGCAGCCGGGAGCUGGUCAUGAGAGUCACUACGGUCUGA